AUGGAUCCAAUCCAACUCGCUCAUGUCAAGCUUUUGACAUCUGAUCUUCUCUGCUUAACUGUCUGGCCCUCCAACCCUCCCUGCAGCACCUGGAAGGGCAGGCCUACAUCUCGCGCUGAAACUGUAGGCGUUGUGGUGAGCCGUGAGUGCAAGGACAAAUUUCUGAGGUUCCUGGUGGACGAUGGGAGCGGAUGCAUCCCCUGUAUCCUCUGGCUCAACCACUACUACCUCAUUUCCCAUGGUGGUUCAUCUAAUCUUGAUCUUAUGGCUGACAUGAUACUGAAGCAAUCUGAGAUAGUUCAGCUGGGGAAGCUAGUUAGAGUUAGGGGAAUGCUACAGAUUACAGUGAGAGAUGUGGUGGUGGAGAGGGAUCCCAAUGCAGAGGUGUUACACUGGUUGGAUUGCAUUAGGUUAGCCAAACAGUGCUAUGACUUGCUACCUGCUGUUACUCUUCCUGGAUCUGUUCGAAACUCACCUCAAGAUGGCUAUGAUCGUUAG